AUGAGGUUACAAGGCGGUGGAACCCCCGUAGAAGAGACUCCCGCACCGGUCUCUGUGACUGCGCCCGCACCUCCACCUGCUGGGAUGGAUGAGAAAGAGAAACCGAUCAAGGUAGGCAGGAAAUCUGGUGGCGGUAAGGGGAAGGAGAAGGAAAAAGUCAAGGAUGAGGUCAAGAUCGAGGACGGAGUCGCGAGCAAACAGGCGACACCGGUACCUGCGCCCGCAGCGGUCGUGGCGCCUCCUAUCCCUGGAGGACCGGUCGAAGCAAGUCGCACGAACAACAAUGAGCUGGACGAGAUCUUGCCACGGACAGCCGACGAAUGGGUCUGGACACGGUUGGUCGACAAGCUCGAGAUGAUGUUGGAGUCCGAGUCGUGGGAAGCUCGUCAUGGUUCGGCCCUUGCAUUGAGGGAUCUGAUACGGAUACAAGGAGCGGCAUGCGGGACCGGCCGUACAGCUUCCAAGACGGACAAUCGACGGUCACACCACGUAGCACUCGAAAGACUGGCGAAAAAACUCGUCCUCGUCCUCGUACGCGACCGAUUCGGAGACUUUGUCGGUGAUACCGUCAUGGCGCCCGUACGAGAGUCGGCUGCUCAAGCUUUGGCGAGCGUGAUCAGCCGUAUGCCGGUUACGAUGGUCAGCAGAGCGGGCAGGACGUUGUUAGGGAUGGUCACUCAAGGCUGGAAGGACGUCCCGUACGUGUGGGAGUUGCGGCACGCGGGGUUGCUCGGGUUGAGGUAUAUGCUCGCCGUUGUCCAGGGACAGGGGGUGCUGGGUGGUGAGACCCGGGGUCUAGGCAUGCACGAUGUCCUUGCCGCAACCAUGAUCGGCCUCGCCGACUCGGACGACGAUGUCCGAUCAGUAUCCGCCACGUGUCUCUUGCCGAUCCUACCGUUACUGGCGGAAUCGCUCGGCACAGACGACCUUGCGGGCCUACUUGACACGUUGUGGAAAUGCUUUUCCGUCGACGGGGACGAUCUCGGGAGCAGUACGAGCGCCGUCAUGGAUCUCUUAUGUCGCAUUCUUGGUUUCCCGAAGGUGGUCAAGAUGUAUUCGCGAGGGCAAGGUCAAAGCCGCUCGCUGUCCACGCUUGUGCCUCGUCUUUAUCCUUACUUUCGACACACUAUCGGGCCCGUGCGACUGGCCGUCGUCCGCACCAUCCAAGCCUUUCUUGACGAUGCCGAUUUGCCUAUUGAUUGGAUCAACGCCGACAUCCUCCAUCUCCUUUACAAGAACCUCGUGGUCGAAGAUCGCAUCGACUGCCGGACCGAAUCGUUGGCGGCGUGGAACACUGCUCUUCGAGUAAUUUCGGUGCGACCCGACUUCUUGUCCACCGAUGUCUUGCCCAACGUUGCUGGCUGGUUCAACAUCGCCUUGGUGCCGAUCAACAUGCCUUUGGAACCUCACCUCUUUUGUGACGUGGUUGCUCGAGGAUCGUCCACCGCUCACAACGUCGACAAGGGCAUACUUGGAGCCGACCUCGCCCUCGUCUCGGCUGAAACAAUACUUCGCAACCGUAUCGAUGCCAUCACCGCCUUGGCCGAGGUGACGAGAUACGAUCCAGGGCUGCUAUCUCAGGCCACACACCAAACGCUCCUGAGCGGAUAUCUGGCGUCGACUAGCGCGCAUCAGCUAUCGAUGUGUAGUAUCCUGAUAGAAGAGUGGACUCGCGUGCGAGAUGAAGACUAUUCAGAGCACCUGGCUUCCCGACUCGAAGUGGUCCUCCCGUCGGUCGAACCUCUUGUGGGUAUGUUGGAACGCCUCGUUGAGCUGGGACCUCCGGCUGGUCUUUACGAGGUGCAAACGUCGCUGCAAGCUAUCAGACAGGAGGCCAAGAUGUUGGCCAACCUGAUCGAUCGACACCGGCCCGAGAGCGCCUCGACCGAGGAUGCAUACGCUAUGGCUACGCUUGAGCAAGUGCAAGACCUGCUCGACGGCGGUCUGGACGAUUCGCUGGCAAGGAUCCCUGCGGUCAAGCGCAAGCAAGCCAAGGCAUCAGUCAAGGAUCGUCGAGCGACAUUGGCAACGGCUAUAUCGCGACAUCGUAUCCAGCAAGAACAGCUGGAAAUUCAGAUCCAGGCGACAGCCGCUGCGGCUCUCAUCGGUAUGCGUUUCGUCCCUUCCAAGAUGAACCCGUUGAUGAAGGGUAUCAUGAGCGGAGUCAAGAGCGAAACGAACGAACUUCUGCAAACACGUGCUGCCAACUCGGUCGCCAAGCUGAUCAGCAACUGUUUCAACUCGGCCCUUGGAUUGCCAUCAAGACCGGCACUCAAGCUGGUGGAGAAUUUGCCCAAAUUCAUCUGCAGUGACGAGAGCUUUACGCCGCAAUUCGAGAAUCUCGCCUCGACAGAAGGAAUCUUGACGCUAAUACAGGCUCAACAGCCAAAGGUCGAUGCGGACAACAGCGCUCGCGACCUGCAACAAGAAGCUCAGACGUUGACUCGACGAGGUGCACUCGCUGCUCUUGCAGCUGUGAUCAAGCGUCUGGACGAUGCAGUCUUCGAGCAGGCCCCGAACCUCUGGAACGCGAUUGCAUCCCCUAUCAUGGCCCAGACUGAUCCUGUCGCUGCCGCUGCGGAAGAUAAACAGUCUCUCAUCGAUGCCCUCACCACACUCCAGAUCAUAUUGCCGCUAUUACCCCGCUCACUUCACCCACAUAUCGAGGUUCUUGUCCCCGGUGUGGUGGAGGCAAUCAAGAGUCCGUACGCGGUCAUCAGAAACGCUGCGGGCAAGGCUCUCGCGGUCGUAUGUCGGAACAUGACGGAACAAGGAAUGAAAAUCGUCCUGGACAAGCUUUUGCCGCUGUUAGGCGAUACAAAGAACCUCUCGCAUCGUCAGGGCACCAUGGAGGCCAUUUGGGCCGUCGUCGAUAGCAUGCAGUUCGACAUCCUUCCCUACGUCCUUUUCAUGAUCGUACCGGUGCUCGGGCGAAUGAGUGAUCCGGACGAGUCGAUGCGAUUACUUGCGACUCAAACCUUUGCUACUUUAGUCAAACUAGUACCACUCGAGGCCGGUAUUCCGGAGCCUCCCGGCGUCAGUCGAGACAUGCUUGCCAAACGGGAAUUGGAGAGGGACUUUUUAUCUCAGCUGCUGGACAACCGCAAGGUCCAGUCAUAUGUGGUACCGGUGCCCAUCAAAGCCGACCUGCGGUCGUACCAGCAAGACGGUAUCAACUGGAUGGCGUUCCUCGCCAAGUAUCAAUUGCAUGGUUGCUUAUGCGACGACAUGGGACUUGGCAAAAGUUUGCAAUCUAUUUGUAUCAUCGCCGGCAAGCACGAAGAGCGCAGAGCGCGAUUCGAAGCAACCGGAUCGCCCGAUGCCGCUCACCUUCCUUCCCUCAUCAUCUGUCCCACGACCCUCAUCGGUCACUGGUUUCACGAAAUCACGAAAUUCACGAACAAUUUACGACCUUUCAAGUAUUACGGAUCGACGAGCGAACGAACCGGUCUUCGCCGACAGUUUCAGCAUCACGACGUUAUCAUCACGUCUUACGAAAUCAUUAGGAGCGACAUGGACUUUAUGCGACGUCAAAACUUUUUAUACUGCAUCCUCGAUGAGGGCCACAUGAUCAAGAACGCCAAGAGCAAAUUGACCCUGGCCGUCAAGUCGCUGCAGUCGGUACAUCGGCUCAUCCUCUCGGGCACGCCCAUACAAAACAACGUACUCGAACUAUGGAGCUUGUUUGACUUUUUAAUGCCCGGGUUCUUGGGCACCGAAAAGGAGUUCAAUGAUCGCUUCUCCAAGCCGAUCCUAGCGAACAAGGAUGCCAAGGCGACCGCCAAACAGAAAGAGGCUGCCAUUCUCGCACUCGAAGCGCUACACAAACAGGUGUUGCCCUUUGUCCUGCGACGAAUGAAAGAGGAUGUGUUACACGACCUUCCUCCCAAGAUCAUACAAGACUAUUACUGUGACCUCGGUCGGGUUCAGCAGAGCCUCUACGACGACUUCCAGGCUUCCAAGGCGAGCGACGAGGCGGUCAAGACCCUGGUCACAGAAAGUGUCAAGGAGGACGUCGAUGUCGAUAUGGAGACUGGAGCUUCGGCUGCGCCUCAAGCUCAAAAGCACAUUUUCCAGACACUACAGUAUCUGCGCAAAUUGUGUAAUCAUCCGAUGUUGGCGAUGGGAGCGGAUACCGAGCGGUACAACGAGGUCGUACGACGGGUCGCCGCGGGAAACAAGGACGUCAGCAAAGACCCGAUGGAUAUUUCGCAUUCGCCGAAGUUGCUUGCAUUGCAGCAACUCUUGCGAGACUGCGGGAUCGGGGACAUCAAGUCCGACCCGGGCGAAGCGGAACUCCUAGGCUCGACAUCACAACACCGCGUCUUGAUCUUUUGCCAGACCCGCCAGAUGUUGGACAUCAUCCAGAAUCAACUCUUCAUCCCCCACAUGCCCAGCGUAUCGUUCAUGCGUCUGGACGGGGGCACGGAACCUAUGAAACGACACGAUAUCGUCCAGACCUUCAAUGCCGAUCCUAGCAUCGAUGUGCUUUUGUUGACGACCAGCGUAGGGGGGUUGGGGUUGACGUUGACAGGGGCGGAUACGGUGAUCUUCGUCGAUCACGAUUGGAACCCUUCCAAAGAUAUGCAGGCGAUGGAUCGGGCGCAUAGGUUGGGCCAGAAAAAGGUCGUCAACGUGUAUCGUUUGAUCACGAGGGGCACGUUGGAGGAGAAGAUCAUGAGCUUACAACGGUUCAAGCAGAAUAUGGCCAAUACUGUAAUCUCCCAGCAAAACCAAGGUCUGGAUACGAUGAAUACGGACCAGGUGCUCGACCUAUUCUCGGCCCCGGCAGCAGGGGGUUCGAGUAAUAAACCUGUCAAAAAGGACGGUCCGAUGAGCAGGAACGAGAUUCUAGCCGGCCUGGGAGACUUGCCGGCAGAGCAGGAAUACGAAGACUUGACGCUCGAUGCGUUCAUGUCCAAGUUCUGA